AUGUCAAAGACUGUAAGAUUGAAUAUAUUUUGGCAGAUACUUUUAUUGAUAAACCUUUCACCCCAAAACUCAGCAUUGGAAAAUAAACCCACUCCAUUGAGCAUAUUCCAAGCAUUUGCAGAAGGAAAUAUAUGGCUGGAUAACAGUGACCAUGAAAGGGGGAUAAUGGGCCAGCUCAAUACAUCACCCAGUCAAAAUAUCUUGACUGAUCAUUCCCAAAACCAGAAUGAAGCAAACAAGUACCCCCUUUCUGAUUCUGUCAGCCCUUGGACACCACAAGUUUAUUCUCAAAAGGAAGUCCUUUCCCAUUCUGAAGAAGGAUAUCCAGCCUCUCUGAGAUCUCAUGAUGAAAACACAGACAAUGAUCUCAGGAAAUAUGGGAAUACUCAAAGUCAUGCAGAAAGGUUCUCACAACCUGACUUAUUGAAAUUUGCAGUACCCAACUCUUCGGGGCAGAAAGACCAUAUUUUCCAGGAAGGUGAAAAGGGGAACUGCAAUUCUCCAUCCACAUUCAUAGAGCUCUAUGAUAUUUUGUAUUCUCAACCCACUUUGCUUUCAUCCCCUAACUUUCUGGCAGACAAAGACCAAAUUAUUCAGGAGGGUGAAGAUGUGCAUUGCAUAUCCCCAUCAUCACACAUAGAACUCUCUGAAUUGUUAUAUCCAACUCAAGAACACAUUGAUACCCAAGAAAAGCUCAAAAACAUAAACACUAUCAAGAAGGAGAAUCACAAAAAUCAACCACCAGGAUUUGAGGUGUUUCAGAGGUCACAAAUCAAUUGGAACUUCCCAUUUCAUGCUCCAAGCACCUUUCAAGCUUCAAAAUCAAAGGAAAUUGAGAGAGUUUUAGAUCCUAUUCAGGAUUAUUCAAUAUCCUUAGAUGAUUUACUGGGUCCAGAGCGGUGUUUGGAAAACCACAACAAGGAUUCUGAAGAUAUACACAGAGAUACUCACAGGAGACUACUUGAUGUGGAUCACGGUCUUUCAAAUACAGAAUCAAGAAAAAGAAAAAAGAAACCAGAGAAUAUACUACAUGACCAGGUUUCUCUACAGAGCGUCUUGCCUGGUGAUUUGCCUCAGACAGAUUUUAGUGAUAUUGACACCCCUGCAAGAAAAUUACAUUCCAGUGCAAAGGACUUCCAAGGCAAAAAUCUAUUACAAGAAUUAAAUCUACAAUCAGAGACAAGAUCAAUUCCAAAAAGCCGUGUAGCCCUUGGGCCCAAUCAUAUAAGAAUACAAGAAAUCCCUACCUCCAGCUGCUCAGGUAGUCUAGUCCGCUUCCCUCUAGUAGAUAUAUCAAGAAAGGAUUUCCGUUCAAGUACCAAAUCAAGGGAUCUACUUCCAGUGCUGCAAAGGAUUGGUGCAUAUUUUGUGAAUACAUCACCAGGUCUAUGUUAUGAGACAACCCAGUGGUUUGAAAAGCUAGAAAAAGAUAUGCUUGAAAAUAAUAAUUGGGAUCAAUCCAAAGCUAAACUGAUUUAUCAAGCCAUCAAAAUUUCUCACUUGAAGGUCACCAUGUGCUUUCUAGGCCUCAUUGCAGUCUUUGCAAACAGUGGGGGUGAUGAAUUCUCUUUAGAUAUACUUUUGAAAGAGGGUUGGAAUUUGAUCAAACUAAACUUUGAGAAAUGGAGACCCUUGAAUAUAACAGACCUGAAUAAUUCCCAUAUCAAAACUGUCACAGAUUUUGACAGCACUAUAAAUUUUCGCAAGAAAAAGUAUGACUGGAGUAACCCAGAAUUCCGGUUCCAUCACCUAUGCCACCUUAAGGAACCUAGAAAAUUGACUCUUGAUCCAGUCCAUCAUCUUAUACUUGAAUGGGAUAAGCAAAGAACAACUUCACAAAUUUUUGUAACCAAAUUUGCAUGGUAUCAUUCACAAAUUCAAAAAUUUCAUGAUACAUAUGUGAAGCAAAGACAUGGUGGGUUUUAUGGAAGAGGAGACAUAAGGAACAUUGCAUUCAAGGGAGUUAAAGUGACUGGGAGAUAUGUGACUGAAGCACCUGAACCAGCAAAUAUCACACACUGGUAUGAAAUCUGCAAGUCUCUAUCCUCUUCUGCACAAUUUCACUCACCUGUGGGAAUGGCUUUGUGUCAAGAGGUUCACAGUUUCUUUGUUUCAUUAAUUGAUAAUCUUUUGGAAUGUUACAAGGGGUCCUAUCAAGGUGAUGUUUCUUCAGAUGGAAAGGCACUCUGGGAAGAAGAUAAGGAACUUUCUGAUAUCAAACCCCACAAAAUGAUUUUUGAAAGAAUUGUCAAGGCUAUCAGUGUGGCUGAGUAUAGGGUCAGUGUGAUAUUUAUAGGCCUUGUAAGAGCACUAUACCAGAAAGAACAAUCAGAACAUACAUUCCAGUUGAUCCUCAAGAGUGCUUGGGAGUUCCUUGAAGGAAUAUUUACAAAAUGGAAAGACUUUCAAUUUGACCAAAAACUUCACGAGUUUUUCAAUGGAAAAGUUUCAAUAUCUGAAAACAGUGUAGUAGAUUACUCAGAUCCUGAGCAGCUAUUUCAUGAAUUAUUGACCUACCAAGAUCCAUCAGUUUUUUGCAUGCCAAUUCAUUGCGCACAAAGUCUACUCAAGUCUUGGAAUAAUCAUUUAGCAUACUUGCAAAAAUCAGAUCCACAUGAAUUUGAUUUUGUCAUCAAGGUUUUACCUGAUGAAUCACCAUUGACUUGGGCAAGAUUGUUGGUAUGA